GCCCUGUCUUGAGAGGCCCGGAGACAAACCAAAAGGUAAACACCCUCAAUGCCACGCGGCCAGUUGAAUCAAGAAAAAACUCAGACAAACGGCGAAUCCAACUACAAGUUCUGCAUCUCCUAUGUAUCAGAAAACCCAAGUACUUGGUACCUCUACAGGGCUCACGGAUCCUGGCCACAGAAAGGGCCAAAAAACACAGAGCUCUAUGCCACAUCGACAGCUAAUCACUUGUCACUGUCUCCGCUGGAGCCACCGCCUCUGCGUGCUGGCUGAUCACGUGCCCCUCCUCUCGAAGGCCCCUUGGGACCUCCUCCCUCCGGCCCCCGCCCUCCAUUUGGAGGGCGAGGAGGAGAUGGCCUGGGUCCGUCAGCAGGAGGUGCCGCCGAUGGAGCUGGAAAGACAUCCUCAAGGAAAAGCGUCUCGAUCACUCUGCUGCUCAAUAUUAUACUGCAAAGGAAAGAGCGAUACAUGGAGGUAUUUGAGCUGCCGAGGUCGCAGCAUUGGAUGAGUAUUCUUCCGUUGCAUAUACUUGAAACUGUGCCUCCACGCCACCAAGUACACAGGCUUGGGCGACUGCCUGUCUCUGAUGGCGGACAAUGUCGGCUCGAAGUCGCCGUCCUGCAGGAACAAACGAUACUUUCAAAGAGAAUACAGGUGUGUGUGCAGCACGGUACCCCAGACACAAGGAUGAGGAUGCCAACACUGUCGUUAGCCACUUUCUCUCUGAGCUUGUCGGCAAUGACAAUGUCCGCGCCCCUCUGCCUGCCGUCAGACUUCAACCUGCACCAGAGCGUCGCAUGUCGCUGUGUACAUGGGAAGUGGGAAAGUGCUUACUCGAACUUGGUGAUGUACGCUUUUUCAUUGAUACCAUCGUGGAAGCGUUCGAGAGCUCUGCAGGCUUCUGGGUCACGCAGGCACCUCGGUUCCGUGCUGAGGUAGUCUGUAUAGUAGGGGAUCACCUUGUACUUCCACUUGCGUUGAAUGCAGGCGACCAUGUACGAAAAGUCAUCCGACCCCAUGAAGCGCUGCUUAACGUUGAGGAACCCAUGCUGGAGGUUGCCACCGUCAACGCACAAGUAAGCUUGUCCUUUGAAGUCCUCAGGCUCAGCUGGCAACUCACUAUGACCAAAUACAAAAAUAAUGCACCAUGGUUUAAUGCAAGAAUAAGGCUUUUUGGUGCUCGAACCUUCUGCUGCCUUGAUUGUCAGCCGGGCCGGCCGGGGUCGACCGUUGACCGCUUAAAGGGGGCUGCAGCCUGCUAUCUCCUUGAUUGUCAGCCACUGGAGGACUGACCAGGUUUGGAGAGAUGGGCUGUCUGCAGAAUUUCACAAACACACAGGCACGCCUUCAGAAAAGGGGCGGACAGGCGACAAGAGUGAUCCAUUACCGCAAAGCCAUUUCUUGCUCCUCUACGGAAUGUGAGAAUGUGCAUCGACUGCCAUACUUGCAUCCCGAACCAUUUGGCUGGAUUUUUACGCACAAUCUGGGACUGCCGCUGAACCCUUCACGGGCGUGCUUGAAACGGCAAUCUCCUCCCUUGUUACACUUUCCCUGACAUACAGACAAAAUGAUGAAGCCAGGUGCAAGACGCCUUGUCCUCCCAGCGUCGUACUUCGGGCCAAAAAGUGCACGGCUUCGUCUUCUGGGAUGGAGGUGUCUUGGGCGCAGGUGUCUUGGGUGGGGGUGUCUUGAUCUUUGGAGAAGGUUGCUUGGGAGGUUUUUGGCCCUUCGGUGGAGACUGGAUGCACAAAUCGGAAGGGGCCCUGCACCAAUGCGUUCAACGGUCAAACAGGAAGUCGGUGUACUGUGCCUUUACUCGUCCCGUACCGCAACAUUGUGAGCUCCACUUGAGAAUGUGCACGAUGGCAGCUAUCCCCAUGUCUGCAUAUACCUGACAUUGAUGUAGAAUGAUCCGUCCCAAGCAGUUCGUGCUGUGGCUUCAUGUCUCACCUUUCUGGUAAUGCUGGCACAGCACGGGUAGUCGUGAUCGCAAGUCGUCACGUCCGUGAGCGAAUGCACAGUCGCUGCCCUUGUUGCAUGCCCCCUGCAGUGACGAAUGCCUGCGUACGACGUCUCUCUAUGUGUCUAGUACCUUCUUGAAAUUGUCGCACAAUUCAGUGUUGUAGAACUUCUUUUCAGCAUUAGCGGCUGCUUCGGAUGAAGCCACGUCGCUGAUGACGUCAGAGAUGGCGCCGGGGGACAUUUCAUCAGCAGCUUGAUCGAAGUCCGCUGACUGCUCGUCUUCCGCAUCCUGCACAAAAGAGGGGGCGCGAGGGAGGGCAAGGAUGGUCAGAGGGCGCAACGCUCGCCUUGAUGGACGGUUUCGCUUUCAAAACAAGCAGAUCUCCGACAUCGACUGGACACACACACACACAGGCAAGUCAAGGACAGGCGUGACGAGCAGGAGGCGCACCUUCCUGCAAGAUGACCACGUCUCCUAUCAGAAUGUCUUCUUCAUGACCACCAAGGUAGAGUUCGUAAACCCUGUAACGCCAACGACACGCGAGUCCUCCAGGAAAGAGCAUAUGUCUAUACGAUUCAGGACUCACCUGGGGUCAGGCUGCUUUGAGGGCGAUGUGGGCAGCUGCUGGGGGUCUUUCUCUGGGGUCUUGCUGCCUGUCCCUCCCUGUCUCUCCCUCUCUCCCUCCCUCCCUCCCUCCCUCUCAACCCUCCCUCCCAACACGAGAUCCGGCGACCAACAAGACAGUGUGCUAUAGUGGAGGCGCAAACAAAGCGUCAAUGCUUAUCUCUUAGCUUCUCUUCGUUGUGCUCGACGUGUGCAGCCAACUGUGGAGAGGUGCACGAGUUGCCAGAUGGAUAGAAGAUCACUGGCAGUGGUUUUCAGCACAAAUCAAUGCCUCUAGUAGAGUGUGGCGAGGGAUUUAAAAGGAAAAGUGAGGCCACGAAUGAAACUCUCAAUUGCGAUGAUGGUGAGGUACUGUUAAAAGGCAGAUAGUUUGCAGUGAAGCUUCGACUCGUUUCUCUAUGGUGUAUGUGAUGGUGUCAGGUACAGUAAAUGCGCGGGUGUGCGCACACAGACAUUCAUCAUAUACACACACUCCAAAUCGACACGUGCAUACGCACACGAUACGCACACUCUAAGUCGACACGUGCAUGCGCAGGUAUGUGCACACAGUCAUUCAUCAUAUAAACACACUCCAAGUUGACACGUGCAUGCGCAAGUGUGCGCACACAGACAUUCAUACACCUGCGAACACAGACAUUCAUCAUAUAGACACACUCCAAGUCGACACGUGCAUACGCAGGUGUGCGCACACAGACAU